GCCACUGUGGAGGAAUCUCCUGUACAGAAGACAGACAGUAAGACCCCUUCUAAGUACUCAGCCUCAGCCCACCAGCUCACCCUCGACACCUGCACUAAAGGGGUAAUCAAACAGGUGAUCUCGGUGCUGAGGGUGGACACUUCAAAGGAAGACUGCUCCGCUUCCGUUGGGGAGAGCACGUCAAAUUCAUCCUUCGACUUCAACCAGAAGUUGGACUCGAUAAUUUCGAAAUUGGAGGACCUCACCAUUUCGACUGAUGUGACGUCAGCCGAGAUUGCCACACUCACGCGAUCUCUUAGUGCAGCCAGCAGAACCUCUAACAUUUCCAUCCAGAGAUUUCACAGUGCUGAGUUCCGAGCUAAGGCCAAACACAUUGUGAGUGAGACCAUUCUCAGAGCUGCUAGCAAAGCCAGCCAUUCUUUGCUACAGAGCAUGCCUAGCACCACCUUCUCACACCAUGCGGUUUCUACAGCCGAAGAUAUAGUAAAUAUUAUCAUGCAAGACCUUGAAAGUGUAUCCCAGUACACUGUGGAUGACGCAGACUCCUUCCCACAAGGAGAGAAAAAGCUGGAGUCCCAGCUCAAACCCAGAGUUGUCUUUGACAACUUAUUGGAUGCUGCUCAAACCAUGUACCACAGAGUAAAGGAUAGACUGAACAUCUUUUUCUCUUUUCCACCAGUGUCAGUCACCACAGCCAAAUAUGUGCUGGACUCCACCCCUGUGGAGACACUCAGACGUUCUAAGUCCGCUGACACUGCUCUUGUUGAGGACAGGAGCCGCCCUCCGUCUGUGAGAAGUGAGAAGCCUUUGUCAAAAGUCUGUUUGGCUAAAAGGUCUAAAGCCCUUGUGUCUUCGAGUGGCUCUUCAACAGACCACCAUGUAAUUGACACAUGCAGUGAGGAUGUCACUCUGCCCACCAGGAGUAUGUCAGUUGUGAGCAACAACAGUUUGAAGAGAGCCUCUCCUCUCCACGGCAGUGGAUUGAGUGAAAGUUGCAAACCUCUUGUGGCUCUAAAAGACGUAACAGUGGCAGUCAGCCAAGAAGGCUUUAGCAAAACUGCAAAGAAGACGCUCAGCUUGAUCCUAAAUGUGAUCAAGUGUAGAGUGGCCAACUCUGAGAGUUCAUCUGUUGGGCAGAUUGCAAGUGAGGAGUGUCUGAUAGCCACUAACAUGUUAGACUCUGUACUGGAGAGCCUUGACCAGUUGCCUGACAUGAGCGCUGCCGAUGAGAUCACAAGGACAGAAUCCCAUACCUCUAUCGCAAUGGACGAGACAGGUUCACGGUCAACGCUUGUGAGCCAACAAGAAAUAAACAUAUCUGACACCAAUAUCAUAGUGAAAACUAUAAUGGACACAUUGAAGACGGACGACCCAGAGAUGACUUCAGCAGAAGAAAAUCUGGAUAGGCUCCUGUCAGUUGAAGCCCUUCAAGGUGCGUCUGGCAACCUGAUCGCAAAGGUCCAUGGUCUCAUUCAGGAGAUAACCAUAAACCGCCAGCUUCAAUCCAUGGUUGGCCACAGAAGCCUCUCUCAACCAGCGCUGCCUAAACCAGCCCUGAGGAAGCUGUCAAAGGACGAUGCCUCAGAGCUCAUUUACAACUUUGCCCAGACUUCUGUUAGGAGACUCCUGGGGCAGUGUAUGGGAAGGCCUAUGCCACCAUCGGCUGAAAUGGUUUUGGAUCAGGUCAUCAAGUUGAUGACAGACGUGGUGAUGGACAGCCUGACUUAUGUGUCCAAGUCUACAAUGGAGGAUGACACCAGCAAUGCCACAAGUGACAUCACUCAUGGUGUUGUAGCUGACCUUAAUGCUACUGAGGAAUUCCCUGCCAGGAGCCUUAGCCCGGCUGAUGUAAAGGCUGACGGCAUGGCCCGCCUUCCCUCUGCCAGAGGGGAAGAGACUAAGAAGAACAGGAAGUGGCGUUUCCUACCGAAAAUGCAUAAGUUUCCAAAGAUCAUGAUUAAGCUGUUCAAGACAAAAGGGGAACCGAAGAGCCACCCUAAACAGGAUGCACUGCCUACCAAACGUCUCAGAGAGACUCAUAUUUCACAGGAUGCUGAGUGUGAGGUUCCAGAGGUUCCAUCCACUCCCCCUCCCAAGGAGGACCUGACAACCACACCGGCCCCUGCUCCCCAGGAGUCCCAGUCCCGUAAACGCCCACUCAUAGUCAGGGUGUUACACGCUCUCUCCAGAGCCAUCUCCAAACCAUUCAGAGGAGCUUCUGGGAAGAAGAAUUAGCCAAAUGCCUGAUUUUAUUAAUAUGAUAUUUUAAUCAGAGCCUUUAUUUAAUAAAACAUUACUGCAUUGA